AUGGUCGAGGCCGAGCAGCAGUUGCUCUUCUCGAUAUCCAUGUACACCCCCCCCAAGGCCGCCCGCGUCGCCCGCGGCCGCGGCCGCCGGGCCCACGACGGCGACGAGGGCGGGGUUGGUGAUGAUGAUGAUGAUGAUGAUGGUGAUGAUGGCGGCGACGGGACUGUCAUCGGGGGCAGGGUGGGCUUGGAGCAGGAGGAGCAGCUCUCGCUGGAGGAGCGGCAUGAGCGGAUCUGCCGCUUUGUUUCCGUGGUUCACCGGUACCUGCCCAACGCCAAAUUCCUGGUGCACGUGGAGGUCGACAUGCCGGAGCGGCUCAUGCGGGAGGUGCUCCGGGCGAGCGGGUGGCGGACUCGCUUCAUCGUGUACGAGAUAGUGGCCAAGCUGUUCGACGCUCCCACCAAGCCCGGGGUGGUGCCGGCACCGACGGGACGCUCUCCCGCCGUUGCCGCGGCCGCGAACCUGAAGCUUAGGGAGGCGGCGGAGGAGAAGCUUGCGGCCAAGAGGGAGAGGAGGGAAGCGGCGGCGGCGGAGGGGAAGGGGGGUGGCGAUGAGGAGGACGACGACAUCGACUUGGAGACGGCUAGAGCCCUCAUCGCUGCCGAGGUUCCGCUGAUGGAGAUGUCACACCCUCACGUCCGGGGCUCCGUGAUCGCGGGUGAACUGAUCGGAGCCACGUUCGCCAAGAACUUCGGGCGCGACGGCAUGUGGGAAGGGACGGUGACGAAGUUCCUGCCUGCCAAGAACACCAAGCCGUCCUCGCUGUACUACAAGACCGGGACCAGCGCUGCCGGCGCGUCGUACUACAAGGCCGGAGCCACCGCCGCCGCGCACGCAGCAGUCGCCGCCGCCGCCGCCGCCGCCGCCGCCGCCGCCGCCGCCGCCGCCGCUGCCGCCUCCGCGAAGCUUAAGGUCAAGGCCAAAGUCAAGCCCCCGUGCGCUGCCGGAGUAAUGACCAACAGCACCGCUACUACCCCCGCCUCCGCGCGCGCUACCCCGGCCGCCGCUGCCGCUGCAACCCCGGCACCUGCCCCCGCCCCCGCCCCCGCCGCUUCCGCCGGCGUUCUCGGCAGAAAGCGGCUCAGGAUCCAGGUGGACAGCUACUCGCCGUCGCCCCCCGCUGUUUCUCCGGCGCCUAAGGCGGCGGGCGGGAGGUCUACGAAGGGAAAGGGGAAGGGGAGGGCAGCGGCGGUGGUCGAGUCACGGAGCCCCAAUGAGAGAGGGGGGGGCAAGGCCGGCGGCCGUGGGGUGAGCGUCAAGGCAGAGGCCGAGCGCCCCAAUAAGCGGAGGCGUUCUGCUGCCGGGGGGGCGACGGGAGGGGGGGUGGGGGUCAAGGCGGAGGCGGCGGAGGCGGAAUCCGCCACCCCGACCGGCGGAGGGACGCUGUCGAGAGAGUCGUUCCCCCUGGAUGCGGGAGAGAGCUAUGCCGCCGCUGCCGGCACCGAAGUCGGCUCAGGUGCUUCGCCGAAAAGCGAUGGCAACAGCAGCAGCAGCAGCAGCAAGGGGAAGUUCAGCCUGCUCGCGAAACGGAUGCCUGUUAAGGCGAAGCAGCUGAGGGUCAAGGAUAAGGCCAUGAUCCUCAGACACGCAUUCUGGAAGGACGUGUGGCCCCACCUGCUGAAGGACGGGUGGAAGAUGCACCAUGUGAUGCAGGGUGAUCGCCACGCCCGCUACUACUUCCCCACCGGGGUCAUCAGGGGGCAGGGGAACCGAUUGCGGAUAGACUACUUCGACUCUAUCAAGCACUCAAUCGAGUGCGUGAGGAGGAUGCCCAAGUGGAAGCCCCUCAUCGAGGAGAUACUGAGAAAGCACCAGGGGAGCGACGGCGCGUACCUCGUGCCCUCCUCGCCGGUAACCCCUCCGGCGCCCAAGUCGGCACCGACGCACACGAGCUCCGGCAGGAAGGUUAAGCGCGGUGGCAAGAAGAGCGCCGAGAGGACGAAGGCUCCGGCAGCGGCAGCGGCAGCGGCAGCUCCGGCGUCCCCCGGCAAGAGCAAGGGCACCACCGGGAAGAAGUCGGUGGGCCGGCCGCCCAGCACGGGGAAGAAGACGACAAAGUUCUCUGGGCCGGAAGAGGCCGCUGGUGCUGGUGCUGGUGUUGAUGUUGAUGUCAAGCCUGUGGCAGCGGCGACGGCGGUGGUAUCCAAGACACCGGCCGGCAAG